CUCAGAUGUAGCGUUGUCCGACCAUCCAACACGCGACUUACACAAUCUCGCUAGUACAAGAUAUCGAGAAAUGCCCUAGUUGGUUCCAAUCCUCGGGGUAGGCCCCAACGAGACUGAUACCGCUCGAGCCGGGUAGGGCAGCCUCUCUCAUUUAAACAGAUCUAAACCCCAAAAUGUUCAUUUACAUGAAGGCGUGAGUAGCGUCUCCUGAUAUGGUGGCAUUCACAACGACCAUUUUGUUCGAGUUGCUGUCGCCGUUAAAAACACAAGAGGCAGAUGAGACAAUCCACACGAUUCGAUGAUAUCACUGCGGCGGUGUCUUGUUUUGUAUACUGACAGGUGUUCCGUCCGGCAUUGUAAGGUGAGUUAUACCUGUGACAAAUGUGAGGAUAUGAAACAUGAAAAAAUAGUAGAAGAAGUCGGUUGUUCAAGGAUAGCUCGGGAAAAUACUUCCAGAAACAAGGAGUUGGUUUUGACGGGCAUAUAGUAUAGGUAUGCUGCAAAGUCCAGGUAAUCUUCUGCAGUAAUCCAUUCGCCUGGUCAUGGGAUGAACUCAGAUGACCACUCGUGAAGUGAGGUGCUCCUUCUCAACAUGGCCAGUCUGUCGCGCCUUCCUCCUCAAUUCAGAGGCCAUAUUCACCUGACUACCUACCAAAAGACGGCCUACCGUGCGAGGCCGCUCAGUCCUUUCGAGUGAGCACCGCUCCUAUAAACACACAUCGGUCAUCUUUUCAAGUCGUCAGUCGGCCAUCUCCUCGAGAACGAGAUCGCGUCUUGCGUGUCUGGUAUCAAUAUGACCGCCCAAUCAGUCUCUCACCCAGCACGCACCUUUGCGGCCUGCACACACCUCACCAUGGUCCGCGUGUACAGCUAUGUCCUCCGAUGUGACUCUUGCGGCAACUAUGGCCCCUUUGGCUGGUUGUACCGGUGUUCCCAAGAUCAGGAAGAAAUCCUACGCUAUUCCAUCCUCAGCGGAGACGAGGUCACAUUUGAUGAACUGGGAAGACGUCUUAUUACAGCCGUCCAGCCGAGGAACCGCGGUCCUGAAAGACGUUCUGGGAACGCUGCCUGCUUUCUCGAGGUGAUGCCGCCUAAGGACAUCACUACCACCUACACAAGCGAUCAGCUUCUGACCAUAUUCAACCAGCGCAAACACCUUGGAGAGGUUCUCCGACGAGAGUCGUUUCGGAAGAAAUCGGCCUCUACACAGGGACACGACGGCGCUCGUCAGUCGACUACCUACGACUUGGACGAUAUACUAAGCCGCAACAUAUCGACCCCCUGGGUCCCGAGCGCCAAAGACGAGUGCAUGUACAAAAUCUGCCCUUACUGCCGCCCGGGUGGAGCGGACCGGGCAUACAUCAGCCUCGACGGCGUUGUAGAGGGCAACAUUCCCGCUACGGCAGCCACCGGGUAUGGCUUCCAUUUCUUCCGCCAGAGGCCCGUUUGCAGCUCCAGCCUGGUCGCGAACUUGGGCUUACGCCCAACCACCGCGUCAACGGGGACCUCCGCGUCCGCUUCGUACCAUACAUCAUCGGACGCGAGUACAAACGACAUUGGUAGCACGCGCCCGAUAAACCAGCUGGCCUCGCAGCUCAAUCUUCUCACUAUGGCCAACGACACGAGGCCAACGUCGCCCUACCCCCUCCCUCACGCCCAGCUGCCCCGGUCUGUCGCUUCCCCGGAUCUAGCCGUCCAGGUAGCAGUUUGUCAGGAUUCAGGCGGAGACUCGUCUUGGCAGGAUACUACGGCCUCUACCAUAAGUGCGCUGGCCGGCGCGAGCGGCCAGGUUGAGGAGGAUUUUACAGACAUGGAGGAGCACGAGAAAGAGAAGGGCAAGUUUCUCGCUCAGCCUCUGGAAGUUGCGCACGGAGUGGCCAUGCUGGAAGAGAGCGUCGAGAGGCAUGCUCCGGAUCUUGUCACCCAAGUCUGAGCAGCAGGAUGAACGAAUUCGUGGCGUUGCCCUCCUGGGUUCGGUGUUGCCAAGGUGUUGGAUUGUACGGUAUACCCCUUUAGCUCUUGAUAAACGGUAGCCUUUCACGUACGAUAUUUCCCUAGUAAGAUAGACACGGCGAGCGCGACACGGCUCGGCGAUUAAACACCACGCGAUUAGACGCUGCUGAUGCUCGGGUUGUCAAACGUGUUUGCACAACCCCGCACUCCCAGGACAUCCAUGCCGCAUAGCAUACCGACCGGAUGAGCACAAUCGGGGACAGAGAGAUGCCAAG